AUGGCCAAAAAGAAUCAGAAUCACAAGAAUCAGAUACCAGAAUUGAAAGCACCGGCUCAAGUUCCAUCUACUUCAUCUUCUCCAUCUUCUCCUAUAAGAUCAAAUACAAAAGAUCAAAAUGUUGAUAAAUCAAAUGUUAAAGUACUUGUCAGAGUACGUCCCAAAUUAUCUCGUGAAAUUGAACUGGACUCUCAAAUCCUUGUCAAGAUGAAUGGUAAUAACACACAACUUCAUAAUCCAAAUCCUAUGGAAUUUUCAAGUCCUAUAAAGAAUGGUGCUAAUAUUGAUGAUAAUAAUGAUAAAAUAUUCACAUUUGAUCAUUCCAUAUGGUCUACAAAUGAAUCAGAUCCACAUUUUAAAUCACAAUUGGAUACUUAUGAUUUGAUAGGUAAAGAAAUACUGGAUCAUACUUUGAAUGGUUAUAAUACAUGUAUUUUCGCUUAUGGUCAAACAGGUUCAGGUAAAUCAUUUACAAUGAUGGGUAAUGAAUUAAAUCCUGGUAUAAUUCCAAGAACUUGUAAUGAUUUGUUCCAAGAGAUUAGUAAGAUGGAUAUUAAAAUUAAAACACAGGUUAAAGUAUCAUAUUUUGAAAUUUAUAAUGAACAAGUUAAAGAUCUUUUAGGGAAAAAUGAUAAACCUCUUAGAGUUAGAGAAAAUCCAUUGACAGGUCCUUAUGUUGAUCAAUUGAUUGAAUUCCCUAUAGAAUCUUAUCAAGAUUUCCAAAAAUAUAUGGAUAUGGGUAAUGGAAAUAGAACAACAGCUUCCACCAAAAUGAAUGACCAAUCCUCAAGAUCUCAUGCAGUUUUCACAAUAAAUAUUAGAACAACUGAAUUUAAUUCAAAUGAAGAAUUAAUUAAAGAAAAAUCAUCAUGUUUAAGAUUAGUUGAUCUUGCCGGGUCUGAAAGAACAAGUUCCACGGGUGCCACAGGUGUUAGAUUAAAAGAAGGUACUCAAAUAAAUAAAUCUUUAACAACUUUAGGAAGAGUUAUAUCUGCAUUAUCUGAUGGACAAAAACCACCAUAUAGAGAUUCUAUAUUAACUUGGAUUUUAAAAGAAAGUUUAGGUGGGAAUAGUAAAACUGCAAUGAUUGCAUGUAUAUCACCUUGUGAUUAUGAAGAAACUUUAUCAACAUUAAGAUAUGCUACUAUUGCUAAAAAAGUUAAAUUAAAUGCCAAAUUAAAUAUUGAUGAAGUUCAAACUAAUAAUAAUGAAGAAGAAUUAAUGAAUCUAAAAGUUGAAAUUGAAAAAUUAACAAAUUCAUUAAAUUCUCAAAAAGGUCAAGAUGAAUUAAUUAAUAAUAUAACAAAUUUAAGUAAAUUUUUUGAAAAUAGAUUAUAUGAUCAAACAAAUAAAUAUGAAUUAAUUAAAAAUAAAUUUGAAAAUUUAAAUGAUUUGAAUUUUACUAUGGAGAAAAAUUUAAAUACUUUAAUGAAUUCAAUUUUUAAUGAUUCAAUAUUGAAUAAUGAUUAUAAUGAAGUUAUGAAAAAACAUGAUGAGUUAAUUGCAAAGAAUCAAAUUUUUAAAAAGAAAUUAGAUGAUGAUUUAAUUAAAUUUGAUCCAAUUUCCAAUGGUAUAAUAAUUGAAUAA